AUGCCGGAGCCAGUAUUCCAACUUCUUCCGCAAUGGCAUUCACAGCCAGCCAAGUUGCGUAUAAUCUGCGCUGGUGCUGGAGCUGCUGGUCUAUUGAUCGCGUAUAAAUUGCAAAAGAAUUUGACAAACUAUGACUUGAUUUGUUUUGACAAAAACCCAAGCAUUACUGGCACUUGGUUCGAAAAUAGGUACCCAGGAUGUGCCUGUGAUGUCCCUGCUCAUGCAUACACCUAUCCCUUCGAGCCUAACCCAGACUGGUCCAGCUUUUACGCUACUGGUCCAGAAAUCCGGCGCUACUUUGAAAGUUUUGCUGAAAAGUACAAUCUUCACCCCUAUAUCAAAACAAACUCUCGCAUCCUGAGUGCUACAUGGGUGGAGGAAAAGGGGAUCUAUGAAAUUAUCAUUGAUAGGGAUGGCGAAAUAAUCCACGAUUGGUGCCAUGUAUUCAUCAAUGGUACUGGCUUUCUCAAUAACUGGAAAUGGCCGAGCAUCCCGGGUCUUCACGAUUUCAGUGGCAAGAUGAUGCAUACUGCUAACUGGGAUAACUCGGUUGAUUGGAAAGAUAAAACCAUCGCCGUCAUUGGCAAUGGGUCCUCGGGGAUUCAGAUUAUCCCAGAACUACAACCAACUGCCAAGCAUCUCACCUGCUUCAUGAGAUCUUCCACGUGGAUUGCCCCUCCAUUGGGAGAAGUCAAGAUCGGGCACGACGAGAAGGGGAAUCAACCAGACGACGCGAAGUCUGCGCCUACUGGACAAUAUCAUUAUACCGAGGAGGAGAAGAAACGCUUCCGAGACGAUCCAGAGUUCCUCUUACAGUACCGACAGAGUUUGGACUCCAAAGCAAAUCUUUUCUUCGAUGUCUUCAUCCGUGAUUCCGAAAUGUCCCAUUUCGGAAGAAAGAUGAUGAAGGAGGAAAUUGAAAAAAGACUUGGUCCUGGGCAUGAAGACUUAAAAGUUCAAAUGAUCCCUGAAUGGGCACCUGGAUGUCGGCGAAUUACUCCAGGCCCCGGGUACCUGGAAGCCCUCGUGCAACCGAAUGUAACAAUUGCUCAAAACACCAUCCAGCGGAUUGUUCCGGACGGAUUGAUCGAUGGAGACGGGAAGCACUACAAAGUCGAUAUGAUCGUCUGUGCAACUGGCUUCGAUCUAGCCUUCGCCCCGAAUUUCAAGGUUAGCGGUGUCAACAGUGCCAUUAUGGCGGAUGAGUUCAAUCCUGAGCCCAAGGUUUACCUUGCCGUAACUGUGCCUAAAUUCCCCAACUAUUUCAUCGUUAAUGGCCCCCGAGGAAAUUGGGGCGCUGGAUCUGCCCUUCCUUCGCAUGACGUUCAAGUCGAUUACAUUAUCAAAUGCAUUAAGCGGAUGCAGCAAGAAAACAUCAGGGCACUAGAAGUGAAGCCGAAGCCAAUUGAUGAUCUUUACGAAUACAUCGAUGAGUGGCAUAAAGGCUCAGUGUGGAGCGAUAACUGCAGCAGCUGGUAUAAAAAUAAUAUAAUCGAUGGGAAAGUAUGGAUUUGGGGCGGAUCGUCCCUUCACUACAUGAAGACGAUGAAAGAGGUGCGGUGGGAGCACUACGACAUUCGGUAUAAGUCAGACAAUAUGUGGGCAUUCCUCGGUAAUGGUCGUGUCGAAGCUGAGGUCCUCAAGGAUACCUCCCGUCUGGCACCAUACAUGAGAAUCGGAGAUGUUCCGUGGGAGAUUUAA